AUGUCGUCUUCAAAUCUUUCCAAACAUCAGAACCGGAGGCCCAGCUCAACUUCUCUCAAGUUCAACCAACGUUCGGUUAGCAGCAGAGACGAUACCCCACCUCCGACAAAGAAGGCCAAGACCAAACCUCUGAUGUCGCUUGCGCGACCUCCCAUAUUCGAUCUCACCGGCCUCGAGCCUUCGCCACCACCAAAGACGGCCAAAAGCAAGGGGAAGGAGAGGGAAAUCCUGUCGCAGAGAGUGGCCUCGUUUCAGCACGAGGGUUCAGCGUUAUGGAUUGAUUUGUUUGAGCCCACAGCCGAGGAGGAACUGGCGGUUCACAAGCGCAAGGUGCAAGACGUACGACAGUGGCUGCUCGAAGCUUUCGACGGCGGUCCUUCCGGGAAACUAUCUAAGUACCGGCGCAUACUAGCCCUCACUGGGCCCGCAGGAACGGCGAAAACGGCGACUGUACGCGUGCUCGCACGGGAGCUCGACUUCGAGAUCGCGGAAUGGAGCAACACCAUGGACGAGCAGUUCUCCCGGACAGAAGGCACCUGGGACACAGACUACGAGGGGUUGUCCGAGAAGUUCCAAACCUUCCUUACCAGAGCCUCCAACUGCCAAAACAUCUUCUCCCGUCCCCCCACGCAAACCAACACUUCGUCCCAGCGAUCUACAACCGCCGUACCGUCCACGACGGCCUCCACUAGCACAUCGAGACGCAAGGUCGUCCUUGUCGAAGACCUCCCGAACAUCCUCCAUCCUCGAACACAGGAGUCAUUCCAUGCAACGUUAGAGUCCUUCGUGGCUUCCACGGCGAGCGUAGGAGUCCCCCUCGUGAUUGUAGUCAGCGAUGCCGGUGUACGAGGCGAAGACGCAGAGGCAGACGGUCCUCGGCGCUGGUCCCGCGGGAAAGAGGCCGUCGAUGUGCGGACCGUGCUGCCCCCGUCCCUCCUGAGUUCCCCCGCUGUGAGGCAAAUCAACUUCAACCCCAUCGCGGCGACGUACAUGCGCACUGCGCUGAAAAGUCUGCUGGAUCGACAGAGGGCCGUCGGCGUUCGACCGUCGAAGGACGUCCUCGAUCUCAUCGUCGAGUCUUCCAAUGGCGACAUUCGGAGCGCCAUCAUGGCGCUGCAGUUCGCGUGCACGGCGGACGGGUCAGCUCUGCCACUGAGCAAAGGAAACAAACGGAGCGCGAAGGGCAAGGGACCAUCGGCAGCCACUGUGCUCCAGGCGGUCACGCGACGGGAGCAGAGCUUGGCUCUGUUCCAUCUCCUGGGGAAGAUUAUGUACAACAAGAGGAAAGGCGACCCCCCGACGCAGUCGGCACCGGCGAAAGACGUGAAACGAGAUAAAGAGCUCGAUGCGCGUCUUAAAGACCCUCCCCUCCUCCCGCCGCAUUUCAGCGAGCACGAUCGAAGAGCAAGCCGCGUCGACAUCGAGGAGUUGUACGCCGAUAGCCCCAUCGACGCAUCCCUGCUCUCUCUGUACAUCCACCAGAACUACACCCAGUACUGCGACACCCUCGACCAGUGCGAAGCGCUCGCCGACAUGCUCAGCUGGGUAGACUCGAGCGGGGGAGAGGCGUGGCACCAAGCGAACCCGCACCACUUCCAUCUCGUCGCGCUCGGGACGCUGCACGCGCUCCCGAGCCCCGUCCCGCGCCGGAACCAGAAGCCGUUCAAGCCCGCGUUCUUCGAGAGCCUGCGACGGCAGCGCGCGGCGGAAGAGGGCGUGCAGAGCGUGCAGGCGUGGCUCCAGCGGGCGGGCGGCAUGCCCUCGGCCAAGUGGGCGCAACGCGAAGUCGCCUUGGGAGCGGGGACGGUCCUAAGGCUCGCGGACGGAUCUGCGCGCGUCCCUCCGGCUCACCGCGCGUUCUCCCGGCUCGACUUCCAUCAGCAACCGGCGAGCCAGUCCGCGGAGCUCGCGGAGGAGGGCGACGUGGGCGACGAGGUUGAGGUCGAGCCGGACUCGCAGCGUCGCGUUGCUCCGAGCCCUGCUGUCGAGGCAGACGUGUCCACCGGCCGGUGCUUGUCGGACGACGACAUUGAGGAAUGGUAG